GUGCUGUUCUAUCGCAUUGUACAAAGCAUGAUCUUCACAAUUGAAGAGAUCAAUCGAAAUACCUCUUUGCUCCCAAGCCUAAAACUGGGCUUUUCAAUAUAUGAUUCCUGUGAUACAUCAGUAUAUGCUCUAAAAAGUACCAUGAUGCUCCUUACUGGCAGCAGUUCUCCUAUUCCAAAUUAUAGCUGCAAAUUCAAACCACCGACGGCAGCGAUUCUAGGGGACGACAAAUCUAGUGUUUCUAUAAGCGUAGCAAGACUGUUAGGAAUACAACAAUUUCCUCAGAUAAGCUAUGCUUCGUCAGUGAAGGUUUUAAGCAACAAAAGACUGUUCCCCUCCUUUCUAAGGACGACUCCAAGUGAUGACUUUCAGUCUUAUGGUCUGGCUAGUCUUAUUGUACACUUUGGGUGGACAUGGGUGGGUAUAUUGGCUGAUGACAGUGAUUAUGGACAGCAAGGAGCACAGAUUUUGGUAGAACAGUUAGAAAAGAGAGGCGUUUGCAUUGAUUUUCUUACAGCUAUUCCAGUUGUAUAUUCAAAAAGCAGAAUUCAUUACAUUUCCCAAGUUAUUAAGAAAUCAACAGUACAUGUGAUUAUUGUUUUUUCAUCAGAUGUUAGCUUUUAUCCAGUAAUAACAGAAAUUGCUAAAGAAAAUGUGACAGGAAAGGUUUGGAUUGGUAGUGAUGGCUGGUCGGUAUCUUUAAUAUUUAAUACGAUGGAAUAUGUGCAGACCAUGCAAGGAAGCCUUGGUUUUUCCAUCCGAAGAGGAAAUAUGCCUGGCUUUAAAGAAUUCCUUAUGAAACUUCAUCCUUCAAAGACUCCCAGUGAUGUGUUUGUUCAUAGAUUUUGGGAAAAAAUAUUUGAUUGCCAAUGGCCCAGCCUAAAUAUGACAGAAGAUGUCAAGUCAAACAAUAUAAUUAAAGAAUGCACUGGAUUUGAACAACUCAGAAGCCUAAACAUUAAUUUCUUUGACAUGAGUGAUUUAAGAGCUACAUAUAAUGUGUAUAAUGCUGUGUACGCUGUGGCAUAUGCCCUUCACAGUCUAACUACCUGUAAACCUGGAGAAGGACCUUUUAAAAACAACUCCUGUGCGGAUGCACGCAAUUUCAAGCCUUGGCAGGUUCUAUACUAUUUAAAGAAUAUACGUUUCACCAACAACAUGGGUGAGGACGUUUUCUUUAAUGAGAAUGGGGAUCCACCAGCUAAAUAUGAUAUUCUUAACUGGAAGAUGAAUAACAAUGGAAAUUCUCUUAAAUAUGUCAAUGUUGCUAGCUUUGAUUCCAAUGCCCAGCCUGGUAAUGAAAUUGUCUUUAAUGAAGAACCAGUUGAGUGGAAUGGUGGAGUUCAAAAUCCCCCAGAGUCUGUAUGCAGCAAAAUGUGCCCAGUGGGUUACAGGAGGGCAGCUCAGCCAGGAAGACCAACCUGCUGCUUUGAUUGUAUUUUAUGCUCAGAAGGAGAAAUCUCAAAUACAACAGAUUCCUUGGUGUGCAUAAAAUGCCCUGAUGACUACUGGUCAAAUGAAAGCCGGGAUCAAUGCAUUAAAAGGAAGAUUGAGUUUCUGUCAUUUGAGGAACCUUUAGGUUCAAUCCUGACUGGGACAGCAGUUACUACAGCCACAAUUCCUGCAUCUAUCCUUAUAAUAUUCAUACAGUUCCGUCACACACCUGUUGUCAAAGCCAACAAUAGAGAACUCAGUUUUCUGCUUCUUGUCUCACUUAUCAUCUGCAUCCUUUGGUCAUUAAUUUUCAUUGGAGAACCUGGAGCAGUAACCUGCAUGGUCCGUCAGUCUAUUUUUGGCAUAAUAUUUGCACUUGGAAUAUCUUGUGUUUUGGCUAAAACAAUAAUGGUUGUCAUUGCUUUCAAAUCCACAAAGCCGAACAGUAAAUUUAAGCAACUGGCUGGACCACGGGUAUCCAAAUCCAUAGUUACAACUGGAUCAUUAAUUCAGGUCAUCAUUUGUGCCAUAUGGCUGUCAAAAUCACCUCCCUUUCCUGUACUCAAUACAAAAACUUCAAAUGACAAAAUUAUUUUUGAAUGUAAUGAAGGUUCAACCACAGCAUUUUGGUGUAUGUUAGGGUACAUGGGUCUUCUUGCAUCAGUGAGCUUUGUGGUAGCCUUUUUAUCUAGAAAGCUGCCUGACAGUUUCAAUGAAGCCAAAUUUAUAACAUUCAGCAUGUUAGUGUUUGUCAGUGUGUGGUUGUCCUUCAUACCGGCAUAUCUCAGUACAAGAGGAAAAUAUAUGGUUGCUGUUGAAGUGUUUGCUAUGCUGGCAUCUAGUGUUGGUUUGAUUGGCUGUAUAUUCUUUCCCAAGUGCUAUAUUAUAUUAAUAAGGCCUGAACGCAACACUAGAGAUUAUAUAAUGAAAAGAGGAGAAUACAUUCAAAACAAAGGAAGAUAA